UGAAUAUGAGCGGAGCAUGAGAGUCUUCAAUAUUCGGCUGUUAAAGAAGCAGCGGCAAGAGCCACCGCACCACGUCAAACCAAAGUCACACAUCAGUCACACAUAAAAACGGAAAAAUGGGAGAUGAGCCGCGUCCGCCCGUUCGGUUCGUCCGUCGAUUGGCGUUGGAGUCGGCUUCGGCUCUGGGCUCUUCGAGUUUUGAAGUGUGACUUAUGGGAAUGUGAUAUGUUAGUUGGGAUUUUGUUACUUCUAUCGGUGACGGCGGCCGGCGGCGGCAGAGGCGGUGUGGCAGCGGCCAUGGUCGAGCUGAUUUUUAUCAGCAUAAACAGUAACAGUUCUCGAUGGGAUGUUGAACGGUAACGAUCGGUUUUCGUGUGGAUACAAAAAAUAACAGUGAAUUUAUAUGAAAAUUUACGAUACAAGUGACGCAUUACGCGCGUUCUUCCAUUUAUUAAAUAUUUCAAAUUUUAAAAGCGAAAAGUUUUGAAAAUAACAAAAAAAUAUUGACAUUAGUGUUCAAAAAAACGGAGUUAAAAUUUUACUACGUUAAUAUGGAUACGGACGAUAAAAAUAUGAAAAUCGAUACAAAACCCGUUGAAACUUUAGUGUUAGCUAAUUAUGCAAACGGUAAGGAUGCGAAAAAAGGAUCAUGUGCGUCGAAGGAAAUGCCAGGAGUUAGGCGCAAGGAGGACGAAAGAAUAACGUGCGCUGUUAUGAAGGUGUUGGAAGGAUACGAUUGGAACUUAGUUCAAGCAACAACAAAAUCGACAUCCGAUAGGAAAAAAGACCACAUCAAGAGGCCGAUGAAUGCAUUUAUGGUUUGGGCACAAGCGGCUCGCCGGGUAAUGUCCAAACAGUAUCCCCAUCUCCAGAACUCGGAGCUGAGCAAAUCUCUAGGAAAACUCUGGAAAAACCUCAAGGACAGUGACAAGAAACCAUUUAUUGAAUUUGCUGAAAAGCUGAGACUAACACACAAACAAGAGCAUCCCGACUACAAAUACCAACCACGCAGAAAGAAGGCCAAAUCGAAUACAGCCAAUUCUGCGAAUUCAACAAUUCCAUCAUCCACUUCAACUACCGGCAGCGGCAGCAACGGGAACAGCGUUGGCAGCGGUGAUAAUAUAAAAGCAUCGCAAUGCAAUCUAAAGUCAAACAAUAAUCAAAGGAGUAGUAAUUCCAUCAGUCGCAGAAACGAACUAAAAUCUAUUAUGGAUCCCAUGAACAUGAACAAAAACCAUCGUUUCGGUUGCCGUGGACAAUUCCUCAACACAGGAGGACUAGGAGUAGAUAUUUCAAACACAAGCACUGGUACCGCUGUCGGUAUUGGUAUCGGUGCCGGUACUCGACUGGCUUCUGUAAACCAAUCAACAGAGAUGGAUUACACAAACACUGGCUGCGGUGAUGGCAAUCUAUUAACUCAAUAUAGCCAUGCAAAUGGUACCGACCAUCAUGAUUCCCUUUUGAAGUCCCUCACCGAUAGCACUGAAUCGUUUCGAAAAUUCGAUUACGUUCGUCAAAUGGACUCACCAUGCUCCACAACGUCAAGCUCCAGGCAGUCAAUUGUGGGUGAGGCAAAUCCUUUAACACCCCCAGCCACGCCAUACACAACUAUUGGCAGUGUUCUUCAUCGAUCCAUGGCCACACCACCCCCUCUAGUUAUGUCGCUGUCAGUUCCAUCGACUUCGUCUUCAUCAGUUUCAUCAUCAUUAGCCAAAAAUGAACACAAUUCGCCCGAACAUUAUGCGCUGGGUGCAUCGGAUCAUCAUCCUCAAUACUCGAGCAAUAGCUUAGAAUUCCAUCGAAAUGGUGAAGUUCUGCCGGGUGCAGGCAUCAGUUACCAUCAUCAUCAGUCUCUGGGACUAGAUUCGGCUUCUUCCCACCACAACGGCGGCGGCGGUGGAGGCAGUGGCAGGACAUAUGCCAUUCAUAACUAUUUGCAGCCGCAGCACGUUCAAAACCAAACGUCGCAUUCUCAAUCUCUGCCAGAACAAAACCUCGGCAUGCAUCAUCAGCAGCAGCAACAUGAUCUAACGGCGUCCUAUGCAACAUCAACGGCGUCGCCACACUCGAUUGCUUCCCUUAAUUAUUUGCAUACCCAUCACCAGCACCACCACCAAAUGGGCCACAACUAUUUGGCGCCAUCUAUCGUAGAUGCUGACAUCGAUCCGAAAGAAAUCGACCAAUAUUUGGAUGGUCUGCCGCAAGGUCACAUGUGUGCUAUACCGGUGUCUGCUUCCUCGCCUUCGUCGUCGUCUCUUUCCCCAAAGUCUUAUCAUAACGCAUCAACGACGACCUCCUCCAGUUGUGUGGCAUCUUCUUUGGGCGGUAUCAUGACUUACAAAAACGAAGUCGAGUCUCUGCUCGAGUUGCAACCACUCGAUAGAAUAAAUUCGCACUCACCCAGCCAACACCACCACCAGAAUUCCAUCAACAGAAUAACGACAACAACAACCACGUCGUCGUCGUCGUCUGCGUCGUCGACGACGGGAGGAGCAUCGCUCAAUAUGCCAGGAGGAAACUGCUACUACCAUCACCAGGAUACUGGUGUUUCAGCAGCACCAACAUCGGUCACUGCUGGUUCCUACCAAUAUCACAACCUUUGGGGAAACUAUGUGAAUCCGUAGGGUUGACGAUGGGUGGUGGGAGUGAUGUGGGAUUCGAUUAACUCUGAGGCCAUUUUUGAGAGUACUGGUGGUGUGGUGUCGUAGCUGUAGCCGUAUGCUGUUAUGCCGGUGCGACACAGAAUUUAAUUAUGCUGUCAUGUGAAUUCCCUCUUAACUCUCUAUAUAAAACUGUAUACAGUCACUAAGUAAGUUAAUAAAUCUAGCAGAUUGGUUUCGUAAACAAUUAUAUUUUUUGUGUUAGCUUAAGCUUGUGUAUCUUUAAGGAUCAAUUUAAAAUGUACAUACGGUAUUUUUAAGUGUUUCAAUAAAAAAAAUAAGAAUCAAAUAAAAUUAGGUAAUUAUAUUUAA